CACGUCACAACAUCGAUAUCUCACCAUUCUCGAUCCAUGGCGACCUUGCCCUGGAGAUCUUGGCCUCGUCAGUCGUUAGUUGUGUUUUUCGCCAUCCUUCGCUUGCGAGGAAAGCAAGGUUCUGCACUGGGCAGUGGGAAUCACUGCUGUGGUUGGACGAGCCGGGAAGUGCUACCGACGUACGGCGAGUGGCGAGUGGCUACGUUCUGUGGCUGGUUGGUUGGUUCCAUGGAUAUGGCCAUUGGCCGCUAGCGCCUAGCGGGGGUGUCUCGCCUACUCUACUCUACGAGUAGAGCAGAGCAGAGCAGGCUUCGAGAAGAUGCGAAACCGGUAACUGGUGAUAUCAUUCAUGGCAGCGAGCAGAGGGCAGCGAGCAGAGGGCAGCGAGCAGAGGGCACUUUUGAUGAAUGCUCGCCCUCGCACAUUCCGUUUGGUCUCAACUAACUUCAAUUCGAACUCGCUCUCUUCUACCUCCUCCAGUUCCCCCUCCUCCUCCGACCGGAUCUACACAAGUACUUCUGUAUCACCACCAAGUGCCAUUCCAUUCCAACGGCUCGAGUUGAAGCACCUCGUCCCGUCCGCACUAAAGCCCUUUUCGAUUGCCGCCGCUUAUUUUUUUUAUAUUCCGAUUGUUUUGUUUUGUUUUUAUUUUUGUUUGGCUUGGGGUGUUCUGUUCAGGACCAAUAGUGGACCACGAGACCCAGCGCCGCGCGAGACCUCGCCAUCGUCUGAUCUGAUUUCCAUCCGCAUCGCGCAUAUCCAAUCUAUCACAUCUGUCACAUCCGGCUCGGUGCGGAUAUCGAUAAACAGCGAGAUACCUACUGGUAUAUCAUUUUUGGCUUGUGGGUCGUGGGUCGUGGGGUGUGAAACACUUGGGGGCGAAACCGAUACUACUACUGCGUACGGUACAUUCCUCUGCUACAACUACAACAACGGCUGCAUACCACAACUCCAUUAUCACUGCUGCUGUUAUCACUUCUGCUACUACCACUGCUACUGCUCCUGCGGCCGCUGCUGAUCAGGGUCCUUUGUUACCGUACUUUUUUGCCCUUGGGCUUUUCCAUACUCUUCUCUUUCUUUGCCCUCCCGUCCACAUACGAGCCACCAUGACACCUCGAUCGUUUUUUUUAUCCUGGAAGAGUUGGAGUACGGCGUUAGCAGUGGCGGUGGUGUUACUAUUGACACUGCUUGUGCCUGUGGAAGCCGGGACACUGCAGCCGGAGCGUCGAGCGAACAGUCCCACCGAUGUAUGCAAGCGCGGCGCUGGUUAACGG